CAGGAAAGCGCACAUCUAGGGGAUCACUGAAUAGACGGACAAAGACCCCAACUUAGCUUUAGCGCUGCUGCUUUGUUACUUUUGUGACACUGAAAUAAUAAAGUAAGCUGUUCGACCAAAGCAUACACGUGUUUCCAGCUGACACCGUCAGUGGUUCUCUGUUUUUAAAGUGUCUCUCUACCGGACUGUUUACUUACAUCGUCGCCAGCUGUCGAGGCACCAGCUAAGCUACUGAAGCACUUGCUGUCCGUUAAAUGGCAAUGUUUUACAGUAGUGAGACUGUACACGACUAAGUGAUUAAAGUAAGAAGCCCCACAAACUCUCCGAGCCAUGGCAGUGCUGCUACAGCGCCCCCACGCGGCCGUGGCCUGUCUGCUCUUGUACUACUUGACCGGUGUCCUCGCCGUCCCGGACCCCCGGCAGAGAGAGGCCCUCAUACAGCUGGAGGCCUCCAUGCAGACGGGCGGGCAGAUGGUGCUGACUGACGCCGAGCAGCGGCUGGACGCUCUCCUGUUUAAGAUGAAGCAGGAGGAGAUGGCGAGAGCAGACUUUCCUCCCGCCAUGCACUUCUUCAAAGCCAGGGACCUCAUCAGGACCAGUCCCAUCUUCAACCUGCUGCAGAAGAUGCCUAAAGGAGGAGCUCUCCACGUCCACGACUUGUCCAUGGUGGACGUGGAGUGGCUCGUGAAGAACGUGACCUAUCGUCCCCACUGCUACAUGUGCUUCACUGACAUCCAGUCCAUCAGAUUCAUCUUCUCGUCCCGAUGGCCCAAAGCUCUACCACGUUGCUCUCCCUGGACCCUCCUGGAGAACCUCAGGGCCAAGAUGAGCAACACCACGGAUCUUGACAACAGCAUCACGGGCAACAUGACGCUCUUCACGGAUCAGGAUCCAGAAAUGGUGUACCCCAGUCAGGACGUGGUAUGGGAUAGGUUUGAACAGGCCUUCCUUGCAGUGUGGGGCCUGGUCACAUACGCUCCUGUGUUCAGAGACUAUUACUACCAAGGUCUCACCGAGUUCUACAUGGACAACAUCAUGUACCUGGAGCUGCGAGCUUUACUCCCAGAGAUAUACGAGUUGGACGGCAGCACCCACGACACAGCCUGGACUCUGAAGACCUACCAGGAGGUCACCAGACAGUUCACAGCGGACCACCCAGACUUCUUCGGAGCAAGGAUCAUCUUCACAAUCAACAGGGGAGUGAAUGCGUCAGUGAUGGCCAGAGUGGUGGAGGAGGCCAUGAAGCUGCGGAGAGACUUCCCAGAUAUCAUGGCUGGUUUUGACAUGGUGGGCCGCGAGGACAGAGGCAGACCCCUGUGGUACUUCAGAGAGGCCUUGUCACUGCCAGUAGAGAGAGGGGUGACGCUUCCUUUCUUUUUCCAUGCUGGAGAGACCGAUCUGGAGGGCACAGAUGUGGACCAGAACUUGUUGGAUGCUCUUUUGUUGAACACGUCCCGUAUUGGCCAUGGGUUUGCUCUGCUUCGCCACCCAGUGGCCAAGGACCUAUCCAGAAAGAGAGGGGUGGCUGUGGAAGUGUGCCCCAUCUCCAACCAGGUGUUGAAGCUAGUAAAUGAUAUGCGAAACCACCCGGCAGCUGCACUGAUGUCAGAAAACCACCCAGUGGUCAUCAGUUCCGACGACCCUGCCAUGUUCCGCGCCUCCGGACUCUCUUAUGACUUCUACGAAGCGUUUGUGGGCUUUGGUGGGAUUAGAUCCCAUUUGGGCUCCCUCAAAGAGCUGGCUAUGAACUCUAUCAGGUAUAGUUCUUUGACUUCGAAGCAACAGGAGAAAGCCCUGGCUCUGUGGCAAAGAAGAUGGGAUAAGUUUGUCUACGAAAAUGCUUUUUAGAAAGAAACUGUUUGUUUUUUUUGUUUUUUUGUCUGUCGAGCAAUCUUCAAAUGCCUUCAUGCUGCCUUUGAGAAAGCUUGUAGCACAGGUCAAUUAUGAAUGGUAAUGUGGAAAGCAGUGCUCCACAGGGAAGCAGAUUUUUGGAAGCAACAAAUAUGGGACAACAAAGCUUGUUUGGGGUCAGAUAUUGUCCUUUCUUGCAAAAGAAAAUUUGGCAUAACACAGUCGGUAAAGCACCGGGAUAAAUAAGGAAAUAAAUAAUGACCGAAUGUCAUAGAACAGAGCCAUUCUUAAUGUUAUUAGUAACACCUGUGCUUUUCCUUCUACAUUUGAAAAAGGACUAUUCCACGCUGCCACAACGUGGAGGUCGGCUGUAUCCAGUAAAUCAACUGGCCAGUGUGAAACAGCCCUGAGCUACAUUUAGGGGGAUUACUUGAACUACACAUAUGAAAUAGCUUCAACCCAAAGGCAUCUUGUUAUGUCUAGUAUUAUUACGUUUUGUUUUUUUAAAUGUAAUUGCACUUUAAGACUCAGGUUUGCAUAUGUUUGUAACAGUGCCAGGCAGCACUGCUCAGUGGUUGAGGUGCUAAAUAUUGGUUGGUUUCUCUUGGUAGUGUGUUUGUGGUUUGCCUGUGCUUUGUAAGAGUGUAAUACUUAGCUUGUUACAAUGGUGGUUGUAUCCUGUGGGCUUUGAAAGACACAGUAUAAUCUUUACUUAGUUUUAAAGUUGUUUCCAUGAAUGUAAUUAGAUUUUUAGUUGUUGUAGAUAUAUAAAAGGUCAUAGAUGACCAUUUGCUCAUGUAGGCACAUUUUAUAUAAUCUAUGAAAAUAAAAAUCCCUAAGAAACUAAAAAAAAAGUGUAUCAUGUGUGUUUUAGACUAUAUUUUAUAUAUGAACAACUGUCAUCAUCCAGACAUAUUCAAAUGUUGUCAACCACUGAAAUGAACUUUGACAUAAUUAAAAACAACUGUUGAUUUA